AUGAGGGGUUACCAUGGCGACCGCGGUAGCCAUCCCCGCCCAGCCCGCUUUGCCGACCAGCAGCAUAUGGACGUGGGCCCAGCUGCCAGGGCCCCGUACCUGCUGGGCUCCGGGGAGGCCUUCUCCACCGAGCCCCGCUUCUGUGCCCCGAGAGCUGGCCUGGGACACCUUUCUCCUGAAGGGCCCCUGAGCCUGAGUGAGGGGCCAUCAGUAGGCCCCGAGGGAGGGCCAGGGGGGGCCGGGGUUGGGGGGGGCAGCAGCACCUUCCCCAGGAUGUACCCCGGCCAGGGCCCCUUCGACACCUGUGAAGACUGUGUGGGCCACCCUCAGGGCAAGGGUGCCCCCCGCCUGCCUUCUACACUCCUGGACCAGUUUGAAAAGCAGUUGCCCGUUCAACAAGAUGGCUUCCACACGCUCCCAUACCAGCGAGGUCCAGCAGGGGCCGGGCCCGGGCCAGGGCCAGCGUCCGGCACUGCCCCGGAGGCCCGCAGCGAGAGCCCCAGCCGCAUCCGGCACCUGGUUCACUCUGUGCAGAAGCUCUUUGCCAAGUCCCACUCUUUGGAGGCCCCAGGGAAGCGGGACUAUAAUGGGCCCAAGGCUGAGGGCAGAGGUGGCUCUGGAGGAGACAGCUACCCUGGCCUGGGCUCUGGAGGCCCCCACACCUCCCACCACCACCACCACCACCACCACCACCACCACCAGUCCAGGCACGGCAAAAGGAGCAAGAGCAAGGACCGCAAGGGGGAUGGGCGGCACCAAUCCAAGGCCGCUGGCUGGUGGAGCUCCGAUGACAACUUGGACAGCGAUAGUGGCUUCCUGGCGGGUGGCCGGCCCCCUGGGGAGCCUGGGGGUCCCUUCUGCCUGGAGGCUCCAGACGGGUCCUACCGGGACUUGAGCUUCAAGGGGCGCUCUGGCGGGUCGGAAGGCCGCUGUCUUGCCUGCACUGGCAUGUCCAUGUCGCUGGAUGGACAAUCGGUCAAGCGAAGCGCCUGGCACACAAUGAUGGUCAGCCAGGGCCGGGAUGGAUACCCAGGGGCCGGGCCAGGCAAGGGGCUCCUGGGUCCGGAGGCCAAGGCCAAAGCCAGGACUUAUCACUAUCUGCAGGUGCCGCAAGAUGACUGGGGGGGUUACCCCACUGGGGGCAAGGACGGGGAGAUCCCCUGCCGCAGGAUGCGGAGCGGCAGCUACAUCAAGGCCAUGGGGGAUGAGGAGAGCGGAGACUCAGAUGGCAGCCCCAAGACAUCUCCCAAAGCGGUGGCCCGGCGCUUCACCUCCCGCCGCUCCUCCAGCGUGGACCAGGCCCGGAUCAACUGCUGUGUCCCACCCCGGAUCCAUCCCCGGAGCUCCAUCCCUGGCUACAGCCGUUCCCUCACCACCGGACAGCUCAGUGAGGAGCUGAACCAGCAGCUGGAGGCCGUGUGCGGGUCCGUGUUCGGGGAGCUCGAGUCCCAGGCGGUGGAUGCCCUGGACCUGCCCGGCUGUUUCCGCAUGCGGAGCCACAGCUACCUCCGGGCCAUCCAGGCCGGCUGCUCUCAAGACGACGACUGCCUGCCCCUCCUUGCUGCCCCUGCCUCUGUCUCAGGGAGGCCCGGCUCCUCCUUCAACUUCAGAAAGGCCCCGUCCCCCAUCCCGCCGGGGAGCCAGGCCCCGCCCCGCAUCUCCAUCACCGCCCAGAGCAGCACCGACUCCGCCCACGAGAGCUUCACGGCGGCCGAGGGCCCCGCCCGGCGCUGCAGCUCUGCGGACGGGCUGGACGGCCCCGCCAUGGGCGCGCGCACCCUGGAGUUGGCGCCGGUGCCACCCCGGGCCAGCCCCAAGCCCCCUACACUCAUCAUCAAGACCAUUCCCGGCAGGGAGGAGCUGCGGAGCUUGGCGCGGCAGAGGAAGUGGCGGCCGUCCAUAGGGGUGCAGGUGGAGACCAUCUCAGACUCGGACACUGAGAACAGGAGUCGAAGAGAGUUCCACUCCAUCGGCGUCCAGGUGGAAGAGGACAAGAGGCGGGCAAGGUUCAAGCGCUCCAACAGUGUGACGGCGGGUGUGCAGGCAGACCUGGAGCUGGAGGGCCUGGCCGGCCUGGCCACAGUGGCCACAGAAGACAAGGCCCUGCAGUUCGGACGCUCCUUCCAGAGGCACGCUUCUGAGCCCCAGCCCGGGCCCCGGGCCCCCACCUACUCAGUCUUCCGCACGGUCCACACGCAGGGCCAGUGGGCCUACCGCGAGGGCUACCCACUGCCGUAUGAGCCGCCGGCCGCAGACGGGUCGCCAGGCCCUGCCCCUGCCCCCACCCCCGGCCCCGGGUCCAGCCGCCGUGACUCCUGGAUGGAGCGCGGCUCACGUAGCCUCCCCGACUCAGGCCGCACGUCCCCUUGCCCACGGGACGGCGAGUGGUUCAUCAAGAUGCUGAGGGCAGAGGUGGAGAAGCUGGAGCACUGGUGCCAGCAGAUGGAGCGCGAGGCGGAGGACUAUGAGUUGCCCGAGGAGAUCCUGGAGAAGAUCCGCAGUGCGGUGGGCAGCACACAACUUCUCCUGUCCCAGAAGGUUCAGCAGUUCUUCCGGCUGUGUCAGCAAAGCAUGGACCCCACUGCGUUCCCCGUGCCCACCUUCCAGGACCUGGCGGGUUUUUGGGACCUCCUGCAGCUCUCUAUAGAGGAUGUGACCCUCAAGUUCCUGGAGCUACAGCAACUCAAGGCCAACAGCUGGAAACUCCUGGAGCCUAAGGAGGAGAAGAAGGUCCCUCCGCCGAUACCAAAGAAGCCCUCGCGGGGCCGGGGCGUGCCGGUGAAGGAGCGCUCCCUGGACUCGGUGGACCGGCAGCGGCAGGAAGCGCGCAAGCGGCUCCUGGCGGCCAAGCGCGCCGCCUCCUUCCGCCACAGCUCGGCCACCGAGAGCGCCGACAGCAUCGAGAUCUACAUCCCCGAGGCCCAGACCAGGCUGUGACCGGCCCGGCCCGCCCAGCCCGGGCCAGGGCCCGCGGUUUUCUACCCGUACUGUACACCCAGCGUCGAGGUCACUGUGAACGCGGGCCGCACCGUGCGCCCGCCCGGCCGGCACCGCACGCCCCGGCCCCUCCUGCCCGUCACACUCUCGUGGGUUUUUUACC